AUGAAAAGAAGGGUUUCUUCAUCCCUCGAGAGUACCUUGUUCUCAUCAUCCUCUCGUUCGGAGAGGUUUUCCGGUCAUUAUUUCAAUCAUCAUCAGACCAUCAUCAAAAGUAACAUCUUUAGAAAAGGACAAUCAUCUGAUGGAAAUAUUCAAAAGAGACAUUCCUCGAUGGUAAUGUCAAAUCUGGAUUUCGGGAUGAAGGUUUUAAAUGAUGUAUCGAAAAAGAAUUAUUCGACAAGCGUCCCAGUAAAAACAAAAGACGAAGAUACGAAAGGUGGAUUUUUAGUGGAAAUUAAAAAAACGAAAAUUAUGCAACAAAAGAGUGAACGUGUGAGACAAAUUUAUGAUUCCUUUAGUGAUGACCCACUUGUUGUUCCUUUCUUGACAAAUAUUAUUUCUAGCAAGAAUUAUGCAUACACAACCGACCGAAAGCUCAAGGAUACGUUCCUUUUUUUCAUGAACAGAAGAAAUCAAAGACUUUUAAACUCGGACUCAUUUGACAAUAUGCCAGAAGAAAAGCAAUUCGCAUUAUUGUGCAAGACUUUAAGCGAGGAGCUUCUUCCAUUUAUAAAAGAGCAGUUUGAAAAUAAUGAUGAUCCAAAGAAUGUGCUGAAACCAGAAUUAAUGUAUCAAGCAUUAUUUCUGCCCACAAAAAUGAUGAGAAAUAUUUCCAAAGAUAUUGCCCUCUACUUGCUUGAAGAUAAUCGCUAUAAACGAUUGGGAAUCAAUAGAACUAUGGUGGAAGACGCAGUUUUGACCUACUAUAGAAUUAAUGAGGAUUUACAGGGAUUCUCUGCAUUUGUUACUGAACAUAAUUUGAAAAUGACUGUACUUCGUUAUCUGUUGACUAUUGAACUAUUCUACACAAAAGGCAUGCAUACAGACGCCAUUCCAGUUUUUGAAAACUUUUUAGAACAUCUGCUCAAGAUUGAAAGCUCUAUCAAAAGUGAGAAGCAAUGGGAAAACAUUUCCAAAGUUUUUGGAUACGCUAUUCAAAGUUAUGCUACUGUUGGAGAAAUUGAAAAAGUUGAAGAAUUAUUCAGCCUAUGCAUUCACUCAAAAGCUUUUACAUUCAAUGGCGAGUCCCAUUUCAACACCUCUAAUCCAUUAACGCUGCUAAAACCACACAUUCAUUCAUCUCUCCAAAUAUUCAACAUUUUGAUUAAGACAUAUAUAAGACAAAACAUGGUAAAUCAGGCAUUCAAAUUGGUGGAGGUUGCUUUAACUGAGCUCAUUUAUUUGUCACAAAACAAAGUGAAGAUUUCUCCACUCGUUAAACAAGCGAAACAGUUUGUGACAAUCAUCAAUCCUCUUCUAAACAUGCUAGUAUCUAGAUCCAACCUCAAAGAUGCUGAUAGACUUAUGAAGUCAAUACUUGACAAGGAAUCUCCUCUGCAAAAGUCAUACAAUACUGCCAUGAAUCAGUUAUAUCCUCCCUCAGAAUAUACCAUCAAUCCUGAUAGAAUUACAUUUCUAAUUAUUAUCAGAAGAUAUUGCAUUGAUGCACAAGUUGAUCAGAUUGUUUACUACCUCAAAAAUAUGUUUGCUUAUGGUUGUAGCGUAGCGAAAGAUAUGUACGACGAUGCAGUUGUUGCCUUAUCAUUCAACGGACACAUUUCUGCCGUAGAAAAGCUUCUCAAAAUUUUAUUCACUGAUUUUGAUUACAAAUUAUCUGCAUAUCCAGCAUUUUCCAUUAUGAGAGCUUAUAUACAAAUUGGCGACAUUGAUAACGCGGAGAAAAUGUUGAAAGACUACCAAAAUUUUGGAAAACCAAUUAUUGGAAUGUAUAACCUGGUCAUUAGCUCAUAUCUGACAAACCUUCACAACUAUGAAAAAGCGAUUCACUAUUUACAUACAGCCACAGUGUUAUCAAAUCUAACCUUUGCUGUCAAUCAACACACCUUAGCUCCUUUCAUUCAUUUCUUUUCCAUAGCCAGUGACGAGAAUAUAGAAAAAUGUCUCAGUAACAUGAAUUCAUAUUUAGAGAAAUUCCCGAACGACUACAUCUUUCCUGCCUAUGUCAAUGUUUUAAAGGAACUCUGUUCAAACAUUCAAAAAGCAAGAAAAGGAGAAAUUUCAGGCAUGCAAAUUGAGACCUAUGUCGAAAAGUGUUUAGAAGAUAUGAAGGGAAUGUUGUCCAAAGCAAAACGAUUCAUUCAUGAAGAAGACAACAAACGAAGACAACAAAAACAAUAA